AUUGGGAGGUGGGGUGGUGUUGGUGUGUUGUGGUCUGGUGAAGCUCCACGCUGACUCUCAUCGAUCCGCCUCGGUUUAUCCUCACUCUUCGUCCCAACGGUUGUGGGGGCGAUGCCGCUGCCUGGUCUCCUCAGCGGAUGAGAGGAUCGGAUGAAUCUCCUGCCUUCACCAUGAAUCUGACGGUCCUGGCUCUCGCUGUGAGAGUCGCGCUUCUGGCUGUGAUCUGCGGCUCCAGCAGCGUGCCUUCAAUCAUCCUGCCGUUCACCAACUGCGUGCGGAGCCGCGGGAAGGACGGCUUCUACCGGGGGGCGAUAGACGUCACCGAGUCCGGCAGCCGGUGCAUGAACUGGACCGAAGUGGCCGGCUUCAGGGAGCGCUACCCGGGUAAAGGGAUCGGAGAGCACAACCACUGCCGCAACCCGGACGGCAGGAUCCGACCCUGGUGCUUUUUCCGGAACCAAAGAGGCAGAGUGGACUGGGGUUACUGCGACUGUAAACAAGGCUCAGCGCGGCUGCAAGGAGGCCGCACCAAGCUCGAUGGCAGGGUGGAGGUCUAUCUGGGGGGAGUGUGGGGGUCGGUCUGCGCUGAUGACUGGGGGGACAAAGACGCUGCAGUCGUCUGCAGACAGCUGGGCAAGGGGAUCUCAGGUCGUGGACGUGAAGUUGCCCUGUUUCGUCCGAACACGUCCAAACUCCACUGGAGGGCGGUCCAUUGUGAGGGGGCGGAGCCAGACCUGCUUCAGUGUCCUAAGACCACCUGGAAUGGAGGAGAGUGCUCCAUGGCGGCAGCGGUUACCUGCACUCAACAGCAAGAGGUGACGCUCCCUAUAAGGUUGCUGGGAGGUCGAUCGGAGUCGGAGGGCACGGUUGAGGUCUUCCACGCAGGGCAGUGGGGCUCCAUAUGUGACGACCAAUGGGACGACAGUGAUGCUGAGGUGGUGUGUCGACAGCUGGGACUGAGCGGUGCAGCGAGGGCAUGGGGCCAGGCACAUUUUGGGAAGGGUUCCGGCCGUGUGUGGCUGGACGAGGUGCGUUGCACAGGCAAUGAGCUCUCGCUGGAACAGUGUCCAAAAAGCGCUUGGGGGGAACACAACUGUCUGCACGCUGAGGAUGCAGGAGUAUCCUGCAACCCUCUUACAGAUGGUAGUGUUAGGCUGGUCGGGGGUACAGGGAGCCACGAGGGACGUUUAGAAGUCUUCUACGGUGGACAGUGGGGGACAGUGUGUGAUGACGGCUGGGCAGACUCAAACACACACGUAGUCUGUCGACAACUUGGUUACAGGUUAGGUGAGACGCUGCCCUCUGAAGGACUAGACAUCACCCCAGUCCCACGCUUUGGGGUUGGGUCAGGUCCAAUUCUUUUGGAUGAUGUGAGCUGCACAGGGAAAGAACCCAGUCUGUUACUGUGCAACAAGAGGGAGUGGCUCCGUCAUGACUGCACACACCAUGAAGAUGUUAAUAUCGCCUGCAGCCCAGAGCGCAAUGGAGAGAGUCUUCCUACGAAUGUCCCGGUGAGGCUUGUGGGAGGAGAGAGCCCAAGAGAAGGCCGGGUGGAGCUCUACCUGUCUGGUCAAUGGGGGACUGUGUGUGACGAUGGAUGGACUGAUCGUGAUGCGGAGGUCGUGUGCCGACAGUUGGGCUACAGCGGCAUGGCAAAGGCCCGUGUCAUGGCGUACUUCGGCGAAGGGACGGGGCCCAUCCACGUUGACAAUGUGAAGUGCGGCGGCGAGGAGCGCUCAUUAGCAGACUGCAUCAAACAGGCGCCCGGCACGCACAACUGUCGCCACAGUGAGGACGCCGGGGUCAUCUGUGACUACGGUGAAUCACAGGCCGGCUACAGAGAGGUCAAAGAUCCUGUCAACUCAAUUUGCGGUCUGCGGCUCAUACACACUCGCCAGCGCCGGAUCAUAGGAGGAGAAAACUCUCUGAGGGGUGGCUGGCCAUGGCAGGCUGCGAUUCGUCUGCGAGGCUCUCGAGGAGAUGGGAGGUUGGUGUGUGGAGCCACUCUCAUCGACUCCUGCUGGGUGCUGACCUCGGCUCACUGCUUCAAGAGAUACGGAAACAGCACCAAGCAGUAUAAAGUGAGAGUGGGCGACUAUCACUCCCUGGUCCCGGAGGAAUACGAAGAGGAGUACGGUGUCGAUCGAAUCGUCCUCCACCCGAGCUACCACUCCCAGAGCAACGAUAACGACCUGGCCUUGGUGCGUCUGUCGCCGGGGGCCGUGGGCCAGUUGCCCGGAGAAUGUGUGUCAUUCAGCCGUCAUGUCCUUCCCGCCUGUCUGCCCAUGAGGAAGGAGAGAACGCUCAAACAAGCCAGCAACUGUCACAUUACCGGCUGGGGGGACACAGGCCGGUCAUAUUCCAAGACCCUGCAGCAGGCCCCGCUCUCAGUGCUUCCCCGCCGCCACUGCCAGCAGCAUUUCCAGGGGGCGUUCACGACCCGCAUGCUCUGUGCCGGCAGCAUCCAGGCGGAGAGGCGUGUGGAUAGCUGCCGUGGCGAUAGCGGAGGUCCACUGGUGUGUGAGCGUCCAGGGGGGGGCUGGGUAGUUUACGGGGUCACGUCCUGGGGUCACGCCUGCCGGACACAACAGUCCCCCGGGGUCUACACCAAAGUCUCUUCAUUCAGCUCCUGGAUACGCAAGGUGAUUCGACGUGAUGAGAAAACGCGUUGAACAGGGAACAUGUCGACCCCCCGAUCAGAGAGAGGGACUCUAUUGAUCAGGUGGCAGCAGAUUGGACAAUAUCUAAUAUGAUGUUAUAACCUGAUAAUCCAAUAAUGUAAGUUAUAACCUGACUUUCAAAUGCAAAGCACAACGCUGGACUUUCCGCCGCUUUUCAAAACGUUUUUCAGAGGAGGAAGAUCUUCCCCCUCAUCUACAUCAUUAGCACUUAUUUUAAUAAUUUGAAUACUCUCAUGGGCUGCAGGUAUUUUUGAUGAUUUCAAACCUCAUUUCAAGAAUUUGCCAUAACUUAAUAUCAUGUGCGAUGUAUUUUUGUUUCUAGGAAUCAUUUCUUGCAUUACUAUUUUGUUGUAAUUUAUGUUAUUAUUAUUAUGAAAAGGGACCACGUACAAAUACAAACAAGCAUGCAUACAAAGUAAGCAAUGGCAUGGCAUGAAUUUGCAGACUUGCACGAAAAACUCUCAUUAGGUACUUAACGCAUGUUGUUCGGUGCUUUUGUGUCAAGCACAAUAGUCAUAUUGACUUCACAAGUGAAUUAUUUCUUUAAACUUCAAGUCACUCUGGUUAUGAAAAGUUACUCCAUCGUACUUCCUGUUUUUUGUGAGAAAGGCAGAUUGCUGGUCUUGGUAAUUACUCAGGCAUUUCUAAUUUACAUUCAGUCUGUGUUUGUCCUCGUGUCUCCAGCAGUAUUUCUAAGUGUUGAUUUGUUGUAUUGACAUUGUCAUUUCAUGUUCUUUAGUCUUGGUGGGAUGGUGAAGUGUUGUCGUGGUUUUUGACUGCACUGAAGGAGGACAAUCUGGUACACUUGAAAACAAACACUACACUGCCUUCUCUUUUGGUGUUUACUGACUCUGUUAUGUUUUAAUACUGUAACAUUUCUUCAUAAAAUAAGAUUUUGUA